ACGGAAGUGGAAGGUGCUUUCAGCAUUCGUAGUUCAAAGAUGGCUCUUGCUAAUGUGCUUCAGAGUGAGUCAGUAGAUUUUUCAAACUAUGGACGCCAGCGUCGUGGCUUUGCCAGUGGUUUGUAUGAAACCGAAUUGGGUGUGGAGUCUGUGGGGGGUGAUAACCUCUCUUUCGCUGUGAGGACUGCAUGCGCUGAUGGAGAUGGACCCGAGAGAAAGAUUGAAUUUCUUCAUGGCACAACCACGCUAGCAUUCAAAUUCCAGCACGGUGUCAUCGUGGCUGUGGACUCUCGGGCAACAGCCGGCUCCUACAUCGCCUCCCAGACAGUGAAGAAGGUGAUAGAGAUCAACCCCUAUCUGCUGGGCACCAUGGCUGGAGGGGCUGCUGACUGCAGCUUCUGGGAGCGCCUGCUGGCCCGCCAGUGUCGCGUCUACGAGCUGCGCAACAAGGAACGCAUUUCCGUUGCCGCCGCCUCCAAGCUGCUGGCCAACAUGGUGUAUCAGUACAAAGGCAUGGGCCUCAGCAUGGGAACCAUGGUGUGUGGCUGGGACAAGACUGGACCAGGCCUGUACUACGUGGACUCUGAGGGGAACCGGGUGUGUGGGGACCUGUUUGCCGUAGGCUCUGGCUCCAUGUACGCGUACGGCAUCGUGGACAGUGGUCUGAAGCAGCAGAACCUGACUGUGGAGGAGGCCUGUGACCUGGGCCGCCGGGCCAUCUACCAGGCCACGUACCGGGAUGCCUACAGUGGAGGACAGGUCAACCUGUACCAUGUCCACAGUCAGGGCUGGACCCGGGUAUCUCAGUCGGAUGUCCUCAUGCUCCACCAACAGUACCAGGCAGAAAAGGCAGAAAAAGCAUAAAGAGACGACAUGGGUUAAUGUUAUGGAGCGAGAGAGAGACCGACACGGGGGACCAUUCAGUUUCAUAAGUGUUUACACACAGGAUCUUGGCACAGGAUAUGAACUUUUUAAAGAAAAAUCUUUUAAAGAAUAUCAAUAACCUGGCUUCCACUACAUGUUCCUUACUGUGCCAUUGAUAUAAAUGUGUUCCUUCUGGAAAAUAAUGGUGUCUGGUGUAACUGAUUUUCUUUUAAUUGCUCUGUAAAGUUUUCAAUAAAUGUUCUCAUUCUCAUCA